AUGCUGGACAUUAAUGGCCAGACUUAUUUCAAUGAUGAGCUGUCAGCAGAGGAGAUAGAUUUCAUGUGCGGGAUGUAUUAUCUGCAUACCAAUGACAGGAAUGUUGAAAUUGUCUCCUGGUGGCCCAGGCCCCAGGCCUGGGCUGCCUCAGGACUAAAUGUGGGGUUCUGGUCCAGUUGA